AGGAGCCAACGCGAGUGGGAGAAGAGGCAGGGACGCAGCAGAGGGACGAGGAGGCCAGAAACUGGCAAAAAAAAAAAAAGUAAAACGUCAGGCAAGCAAAUGGAUAAGGAGAAGAAUGGGGAACUGCUUUUUCUGUCCUCCCGAUAUUGACACAUCUAGCUAAUAGAUACUUUUUUCUUUUUUUUCCACCCUCAAGAGAGAAAUAAAAAAGAGAAGCACUCUGAGAGACGGCAGGAGGAAUGAGGUGUGGGGAGUGAAUGAGGAGGGGCAGAAGCAUGCAGAAGAACAGCAGCGGCGGCGGCGGCGGCGGCGACGCUCUCCCACUGGAGCUGGGCGCUUGCGGGCUGGCGCCGGACGAGGGCGCGGCGGGGCUGCCCAAUCAGACGGAGGGGGAGCUGGGCAACCUGUCCCUGCGCUGCUGGCUGCAGCUCCUGUCGCGGGAGUCCAGCCUGGAUCUCCACGGCGACGGCGCCAGCGUGGCCGUGCGCACGGUCAUCGCGCUGGUCUACUCGGUGGUGUGCGUGCUGGGGCUGCUGGGUAACCUGCUGGCGCUCUGCCUGCUGCGCUCGCGCCACCGGCGCAAGCAGUCCACCGUCACCGGCCUGGUGAUGGGCCUGGCGCUCACCGACCUGCAGUUCGUGCUGACGCUGCCCUUCUGGGCCGUGGACACGGCGCUGGACUUCCGCUGGCCCUUCGGCCGCGUCAUGUGCAAGAUCGUCGGCACCGUCACCGCCAUGAACAUGUACGCCAGCGUCUUCUUCCUCACCGCCAUGAGCGUGGCGCGCUACUGCGCCCUGGCGUCGGCGCUGCGCAUGCCCAGCCCCCGCCGGGCCGCCGCCCGGGCCAAGUGGGCGAGCGUGGGCAUCUGGGGUGCGGCGCUGGCCGCCGCCCUGCCGCACGCCGCCUACUCCACCACCGCCCGGCUGUCGGACGAGGAGCUGUGCCUGGUGCGCUUCCCGGACUCGGGCCGCUGGGACCCGCAGCUGCUGCUGGGCCUGUACCAGACGCAGAAGGUGCUGCUGGGCUUCGUGGCGCCGCUGGCCGUCAUCUGCGUCUGCUACCUGCUGCUGCUGCGCUUCGUGCUGCGCCGCCGCGGCGAGCCGGGCUGCCACCGGCGGCGCUCCAAGGUGACCCGGUCGGUGACGGUGGUGGUGCUGGCGUUCUUCCUGUGCUGGCUGCCCAACCAGGCGCUCACGCUGUGGGGCGUGCUGAUCAAGUUCGACCUGGUGCCGUUCAGCGACGCCUUCUACGUGGCGCAGGCCUACGCCUUCCCGCUGUCCGUCUGCCUGGCGCACACCAACAGCUGCCUCAACCCCGUGCUCUACUGCCUGGUGCGGCAGGAGUUCCGCGCGGGGCUCAAGGAGAUGCUGCUGCGGGCCACGCCCUCCUUCCGGCACCUGGCCAACCUGGCGGCCCGCAGGAAGGACAAGGCCGAGCCAGCGCCCGUGCUGGUGCUCACCUAGAGAGAGAGGUGGCGGCGUUCGCCACGGCAACCUGCCCGUCCCCCAUCCCCUGCUCCUCCCCCCCCCUCGGAGCAGCGAACACAAGGCAGGAUAUUUCUGAGAAAUAUUAUUUCCUGGAACCGUUUAGAAGUUGAUUGACAGCGACUCAUUGUUGAUGGCAAAAGCUCACUGGGGCAUCAAUUCACCCAAUUCCCUUGCUUCCAUUGAAAAGAAAAUAAACUGUUUUGUGGCAAAUCUGACAUAUGGUUUAUCUGCUUGUCUGAGCACCAUAAAUCAUUUUACUAUUUUAUUUAUGAAUUUAUUUUUUGGUCACAAUUCGGAAGUAACGGAAGAGGUAGGCUACAGUAGUUACCGGCUCAAGUCGUUUGAGCUGUAUUUCAAUAUUAACUCACGGGAUAACGAACCAUAAGCAGAGCUAAGACUAGCCCUCUCGGUUUAAGGUGCGCGUCUUUCACCGUCAUUUUUAAUAUUUUUUUGUCUUUGCAUUAGCAACGUCGCGUGAAUUAGGUCUGGUGACUCAAGUCUGAAUAAGUCGCGCGACUCAUCUGAAAAUACGGAAGGAAAUAUAUAAAUAGGGGCGGGGGGCAUUUUAAUGAACGCUUACAAAUAAAUAGCUUAGUGGCGUCGCUCUUAUUUAGGAAUAUUGAUAAAUAAAAUGGCCACGGUCGAACUGAACUGUACCUGUUGAUUGUUUUAACAGUCAGAUAGUGGUAGAAUGCCACAAACCGGGUCUUCGCAGUCAGACAAUUUACUCCGUCAAAGGUUGCUGAAGUCUUUUUACGCUGCUGUUAACUCGACAGUAAAGACGGUACGGGGAAGGUCUUCCCAAAUGUAAUUCCUAACUUCGACUGCUGCAGUUUGCAUGGAUUUAACAAGGGAAAUGCAUCAUCUGAAACGACAGAAUUUGCACGGUUAAACGCUACAGCAAGAAUCAGGUCUAAACUUUUUUAAACUGGUGGCUCAUUUGUUUGAGCAACUGGGUUCUUGUCACAAUUUGUUUACACUUCUGUCAUCACUACCGUGGACAGCUCGCGGCUGGCUGUCAGGCGAACUGGAAGUGUACUUGGGGUAUUUCCUUUGCUAUAAACAACUCCAGAGAAGCGCCGACGAAAAAGGCUGUAAAAUCGGGAUUCUCGCGGUUCGCACUGUAUUUAAAAACUUACUAUAUUCAAUAUGUCCAAAAUACGACUGUUUGUUCUCUGAUACUCUGGACGCUUUGAAAUAUCAGUGGUAAAAAAAAACAACACCGGUCUUGGUCUUGGUGUCGUACUGAUACAGGAAAAAAAAGCAGUCAGAUUAACUAACAGGAGAAUACCUCACGGACAGCGGAAAAAACAACACUUCCGGGGAAACCAACAAGCCAACAAGUCUGCAAAUUAAGUUUCUAAAUUUAGCGCGCAGUUAGAACUUGAAAGAGACAUUGUAAGGGAUGCCAAACAUUAUUAGCGCUGACGCGUGACGUUGUCUCCAUGUAAUUUGUCGUAUAUCUACACACAGUACAAAACAAUUCGGAAUUAUACGAAAUAAUAUUUCUUGCAAAGCGUUUCUUCGUUUUUCCUUUUUGAAGAUGCCUAGAAGGUAGUGAGCUUUCGUGGGCAGCUGCCCAUGUUACUCAGGGAGGGGCAUUGCUCUUACGAGGAUUUACUAGCGUUUAAAUUCCCUGUGAUUUCUUUUUUUCUGUUUUCUUUCCCUGCAGGGUUGAAAGUAGUCAGGUUUAACGCUGUGUUUUGAGCCGUUUUCCAGUGUUCCAACAAACAGUGCGAUACUUUAUAUCAAACACAACCGAUCGCACGGAAACUCCACAAUGAUAUGAAGCCUUAUGCGUCUAUAACGUUCCCUCGUUUCUUUAUCCGUCUGUAACGUUUCCUUUAUCCGUCUAUAAUGUCCCCUUGUUUCCUUUGCCCGUCUAUAACAUGUUCCCGACCCUCUCGUUUGUAUUUGUAUUUUUUAUGUACUUAAGUCAAUUCAAAUAAAAAGCGGGUGUCGCAAUUCACCGUACAUUACCGCGUCCUCUUCCAGUCCGGUGCACAGCUCAUAAAUCAGAGCCCUGUGCUCCCAUGUUGGAUUACUGGCAUGGAUUUCCUGUUUAUGUAAUAAUUAUGUAAAUUAUGUAAUAAAGAUUAAAAUUAUUGGAAGUA